AUGGGCCAAACCAUGAGCCAAACCAUGAGCCAAACCACGAGCCAAACCAUGGGCCAAAUCAUGGGCCAAAUCAUGGGCCGCGCCAACUGCUUCGUGCAUCCUGCCCGACAUUCGCCGCGGUUCUCCGAGUGCGCAAAGCGGCAACCAGGCGGCAAAUCUUCCGUGGGUCACGGUCACCAACACCGGCAACCGUCCAACUGGAAACACCGACUGGGGGCCGGCCGCGUCUGCUUUGUCGGAUCCCGUGGAGCGGCAAGCGGAAGCGUGCCAGAGGAGAAUGGAAGAAGCCAUGAGUACAAGGGCAAACAAACUGCGACAGACGCCUUGGUACGAAGCGAGACGUUGCCGCCGCCGAGAAAGUGUGCGAAACCAUGGCUGCCCGUCUAA